CAAAAAUUCAACACACAUUUUUAUAAUUGUUUAAUUGUUCACAAACAUUUCUAAUGGAUAUAUGCGGAGAAGACAAUAAACACGUUUAAACUGUUCGUUGUUUAUUUGGAGUUGUCCGAGGUGGUGUUACAAGUUGCGCGGAUGACCUCACCGCCCCUGAUGUAAUGCUGUGACAUCACGUCGGUCCCAGCAUCCUCAGCGACGAUUUAUAAAUCCGCGGCCGCGGUUCUCACAAACAAAUAAAACGUCGUCACAUGAUUGUACGGAAGUAAAGACGAUCUAAACAGUCAACAAGAUGGCAUCUCACCCGGGAGGAGGCGACCAAGGAAAUACCAAAGAUCAGAUACUGGAAGUCGGAGCCGUUUUGUUAAAGGAUUUCAUCUAUCAGCGGGUUCAGCGCCAUGGAGACAGCAAUACUGUAGUGACCAGGGCACAGCUGGGUGGAGGAGAGCUGCGUGAUCCAAACCACAAGAAGCUCGCUCAGUGUCUACAGCAGAUUGGAGAUGAGCUGGAUGGCAAUGUUGAGCUCCAGAGGAUGAUAAAUGACUCUUCACUCAGUCCCACAAAAGACAUGUUCCUGAGAGUUGCCGUUGAGAUCUUUUCAGAUGGAAAAUUCAAUUGGGGCAGGGUGGUUGCACUGUUCUACUUUGCCUGCAGACUUGUCAUCAAAGCUCUUCUGACCCAAGUUCCUGAUAUUAUCAGAACCAUCAUCAGCUGGACCAUGGACUACCUCCGGGAACAUGUGAUCAACUGGAUCAGGGAGCAAGGUGGCUGGGAGGGCAUUCGUUCCUACUUCGGCACCCCUACCUGGCAGACGGUGGGGGUUUUCUUGGCUGGUGUUCUCACCACUGUUCUAGUCAUUCGCAAGAUGUGAGGGGGUGUUUGAAGAGCAGACAGGAGAAAGACAGGAAGAAUUAUGACUGAGGGAAAUGGGGACGGGAACAAAAAAUGAAAGAACAUCAGAAGGACAACAGAAAGAAGCUAUGGCGGAGUGAACAAGUCGAACAGGAAGAACUUGUAUUUGGACAAGGAGAACCACGUCUGUCUCCCAUUCAUGUCUAAGGAUCGGGAGUUUAAACUGAACGCACUGUCAAACCCAUUAUCCCUAUGCCACUGAGGAAGUGAGCUUUGCAUGAUUACAUGCACAAAAUGCGGUGGGUGGAGAGGUUGUCAGACUUGAACAGGGAAUGCAUUUUAAGUAAUUUAUUUUUUACUUGGUACAGCUUAAAAAAACACUCACUGCAUUCUGAAUUUUGUCCCAAAAGAUAUAAGGACUGAAAUCGCAUUAUAUUCAAAGUAGUUUUAUUUUUAUUCCUCCUUACUUAAUUUUCUGAUCUUCUCACUCUCUCCAUCCAUCUCAUCAUAGUGUCUGUAUGCUAGAAAUUCCAUCUCCAUAUGUAUUUGUGAGUGUUUACUGGUGUACGUCUGUAAUGAUCUGCUGGCAAUGAAUGUGUCGGAGGGUGGUCACAUCCCAUCAAGUUAAAGAGAUAUUUUUGCAAACAUUUAUCAAAUUUAACAAUAACAUGGUGUAGAUAAAGAAAAAAUACACCUGACUAUAACUGAGUUCAGACUAGCCCAAAUAAUUUCCCCCUUUCUUCCCAUCAAUGCACAAAUCAGCCUUAUUUCAUGGUAAGUGUCACAGCAGGGACAUGUGUACAAACUUGUUUACAUUCACAUGAAUCAUCACAUGGAUGAAAAGUCCUAUGAUUGACAGCUGAAUUUAAAAUCCUGCCGUGUGUGACAUUCAAUCAUAUGCCAUCUUAAGUGGCAUUUUUAACCAGCAUUGUGACCAUAAUGUGGCUCCCGAUGAGAUAAAUCUUGCCAAUUAUUUCUGUCUGUGUUGCAAAUGGAGCCACAAGUCAUGAACUGAUGCUUCCUGUAGUCUACGGAAGAAGAAAGUUGCACUGCAGAUACAGAAAGCACUGGAUUACUCACAGAUGCUUACCUCACUUUAUACAUGUUCAAAGUACUGUAUUUUUACCUGAGUUAUUCAACCUUCAAUCUUACCUACACAGCAAAAGGCUUUUUAUACGUUUUUCUUGUUUGUCAGUGCCUUGGUGUUUUUUUUACUCUGAAAUCACUUUGAUAUUCUCAAAUUUUCACUGUUUUCUAUCACAUUUGUAAAGCUGAAAUUAGUUUGGAGUCUCCCUGAAAAUCUUUUUGCAGUGACCUUGUAUGUUAUAAUAUGGAAAAAUAAAUCUUUUAACUGUUA